CUAUACAUAUUAAAAAAUUAUCUGAAAAUAAAUAUUUUUUUAUUUUUUAAAACAUAAUUUGACAAACAAAAUUAUAGAUUGUUUAAAAUUAAUUUUUCUUCAAGUAGAACUUAUCGCUUAAAAAUAAAAUUCAAGAACUAAACUAAAAAAAUAAAAUUUUACAUGGGACAAAUACAUAGUGAAAAUCCCACACGAUUUUAAUAUACAAGUAAUAAACAGGUAAAUCCCUUGACGGGUCACCUCACGCCCCCACUGUAUUCUUCACUUGCGGGUCUCCUUUGUUGCCGCUUUCCUUGACCUAUUCGUUUAGGAUACUCACUAGCCUUCAUCCUUGGUGAUUUGCAAUAGCCGCCGUGGCUAGGCCUGUUGUUUCAGUUGGGUGUUAGCCUUGUGGCGCUGUUUGUAUGCUUGUGGAAAAAUAACCCACACUGAAAAAAAACCGGACAUUGAAAUUUGUCUGUGAAAGGAUAAUGAUCGCUAAGAAUGCCAUGAGAGUGACAGAAACGUUAACAACUAAAACUCCACAACUUGAAUACUAUCAAACAAUCUGCAGGUUGUUCCUAAAGGUUGUCUGACCAUAACUUGUCUAUCUCUUUGUUUCCCCCCCUCUUAAACUCUUUAUCCCCUCCCUCUCAUCUGUGUAUAUAUAUAUAUUCAUAUAUAAUUGAUCAAAUCAAACACGGUUGAAUAGUUCAGGAAACAUGAACAGCUCCACCGACUACAACCACACAUUUCAUGCCACUAGUGGAUAUGCUAUGGGAAUGGCUUUAGGUAUCCUAAUUUUGAUCAUGACAAUACUUAUUGUAGCAUAUUUUUGCUCCAGCGGUGUCCAAGAACCAGCUCCAUCUUACCCAGUUACCAACCAAGGCAGCUCCAUCGCCAGCCAAGGCUCCGUUGUAAUAGAUAUUGGGCUCAACGAAGCCACUCUUGCAAGCUACUACAAGUUGCUUUAUUCACAAGCAAAGUUACAACACAAGGGCAGCAUUCUACAUGUCCGCUGUGCCGGAAAUCGCUGGCGCCCACUCCUCUCCCUGAAUCCUCCCGCUGAAGUAGCAUCACUGGCUGUGAGUAGACUGUUGGUUAAAGUACGUAGCAUCCUACAUGUCCGCUGUAUAUGCCAGAAGAGAGCCUCUUGCUGAACUAGCAUCAUUGGCUGUGUGCGCGAGGGUUCUUAAGCAAGUACGGUACUUUAUCAAACAAGAAGAAUAUUGGAUACAAGUGGAGAGUGUGUGAGGAAGAAUAAGCAAUGCUAGCAAGAUGCAAGUAUAAGUGUCAAACAUGUGAUCAGUGAUAAGCAGAUAGAUUUAGUUUUAUUGAAUGAACAGUGUUAAUUUUUUUUGAGAGUUUUAAAGAGAAUUUCUAUGAGUCAAGAAGUCCCUCUGUAAAUAUAUAAUAUGUUGUUGAUUUUUAUAAGAGUAACAAGAUCUCAUUAAUUCUUAGAA